AAAUUUUCCUAGUCAUGUCACCUUUACAUCAUAUACACCCCCUUUUUACGCCCCUUCCUGUAGUGCUCAGUGGAAAACUUUCAUUAGGCCUAGUAAUCAAUAUCUACGUACUACGUGCGAAGCCCUUCUGUAGAAUGACCGAAACCUGUGGCUAAAAUAGAAAAGGGGGAAAAGUAACUCCAAAGACUCUCAGUCAAUUUCCUAUAUCCUCUGGACCUUCUGAGAGAGAAAACUGAACAUAAAAGAGAGAGAGAACGAAUCGAGGGCAUAAAAUGAUAAAGGGAGAAGACGACAGGAGGGGGAGGAGGAGGAGGAGGAGUCGAUAUUGUCAGGUUAAGGAUCCUGGAGUUCUCAGUUUCCGUGCGCGCUCCUGUCUACCCGGCUGGACUGUUCUCCUCCAUCCAAAUACCUUGUGAAAUGAGUUGCUAGACCACUCUCAGCUAGCUAGCUAAUAGACCCUUGAGCAACUGAGUGCAGAUUCCUGCUUCUUACUUGAACCAAGAGAUAGCCCCAUAUUCACCAAAAUGCUAACUGUCAAUAUAUCGCAAAACAAGUUCAUUGCACAUCCUUCUUGGACCAUAAGCAACGUCAUAAGUUUACCAACCAGUGACAAUACAUCCGGUGGGACCACGAUGCGAUCCGCUAUCCAAUUUCUCAUCAUCUCCAACACCUUGCUGGAGACCAUAUUCAUGCCCAGUGCUCAAAACUCCGGUGGCUCAAGCACAGACCAGCUCAACAUCUUUCGGUCUAUCGAAGACUCCAUGGGAGCGAUGGGCUUCGACGGGCGUGGGUGUCUCCUGAGGCUCAUCUGUGAACUGCAGAGCAACCCAAUAGGAGAAUUCACUGUCAUCGGGGAAAUCCUCACUGUCUUGUUCACGCCCAAACGCGGCCUGAACGAUUUCCUCCACGAGUACAUUCUGGCUGAAAUGGCCGGUGCCAACGGUGAACACUGUCCAACCCGAUACCCCACCUGCCCUUUCUCCCUCAUGAAGACCGUCAAGCAGUACAAGAGGUUCAUGGAGGGAUUUUCAGCCAAUGACGACAAACCGGGCUUAUCCGACCCUCUUUACGCGAAUUACGACUUUGGGAACAACCACAUCGCUCUUCCAGAAAUCAUUUACCACUAAGCUGACCAGAAACACUUCGUGGUAACCAUAGGUCUGUACAGUCAGUGGAAGAACGGACACAGAACAGGAAGGAAAGCUAGAAAGCCAAGUUGAUGCCCUUCCAGCUGGGGGCUUGGCUGUUUACAUCAGCUAAGACUAAGAAAGGACUGCAUCGUCACAGGAACGUGAGAUGUUGAACUUAUUUUUGUAGAACAUCGUAGUUUGUGAAUGUAUGUUUAA